GGCAUAGACGAGCAAGACCGCAAAACGGCAAACGCGACGUCGAUGCUGACGCUGACGCCGACGCUGACGCCGACGCCGACGCUGACGUUGACGCAACGAUAGAUCAACCGAAAACGGUUCAGAGGAACGAGGUGAGCCGCGACCUUUAAAUCAGAUUCGCUUUUUGCAAGGAGAAUCGCGUACGGGAAUAUUUUUGCGGAGCACAGGUAUCCUUCAGGUGCAUUUCUACAUCGCCCCGAUGAAUGAAUGAUGCGAUAUAUCUUAAAGUUUUUUCAUUUGCGAUGCGAGAUGCGAGAAUAGUGAGAGAUGAGAUCAGUGACGUAGCCAGAGGAGGACUAUGGGGAUGAGCUCAAACCAAUUCUCCCCCAAGAUUCAAAAUAGACCCAAAUACUUCGAUAGAAAAUAACAAAGCAAACCCAUCGUGUUCUAUCGAGGAGUCGAAGCAAUUUCCAUCGAACAAUGCGGUUCACGCUCGAAUCAAGAUUAGCCUGGAAAUUGAUCUGAUAGCGGCCAUUUUACUAAUUACAGGCAUUUGCACUCGCCUUUAUCGCCUCGAGGAACCGCGCAGUAUAGUCUUUGACGAACUGCAUUAUGGCAAGUACGUUGGGUUGUAUAUGAAGAGGACGUUUUUUUUCGACUCUCAGCCACCUCUAGGGAAACAAUUGGUCUCUGCGGCAGCGUACUUGGCUGGAUUUGAUGGACAAUUCAAGUUUGAUAGGAUCGGAAGUCCUUAUAGCAACGCAAUUCCUUUGUAUGCGUUGCGUCUCGUACCAGCGAUAUGCGGCAGUUUACUAAUUCCCACAGGAUAUUAUCUUGUUUUGGAAUUGAGUUUGAAGCAGUGGGCCGCAGCAAUUGGCGGAAUUCUACUCUUAUUUGAUAAUGCAUUGUUGACACAGUCGAGAUUUGUUCUAAUGGAAAGUAUCUUAAUACAUUUCUCGUUGCUCGGUUUAUUGUGCAUCGUAAAAUUUCGGAAAGUUAUGGAUCGACCGACAUCCGCAUCCUGGUGGAUAUGGCUCAUAUUAGGCAUUGUAAAUUUAACGUGCGCACUGUGCGUCAAGUACGUUGGAUUUUAUUCAAUGGCUCUAGCGCUUUUCUUGAUUGCGUACGAUUAUUGGUCUCUACUCUCAAGAAAGACCUUGUCAAACAUGAUUUUGUGGAUUCAUCUUUUAUUAAGAUUCAUUGUAUUAAUCGCUGUUAUUACUAUAGUAUAUCUAAGUAUAUUCUAUAUACAUCUCGCGACACUUUCGAAGGCGGGACCGCACGACUCGGUGAUGACAAGUGCGUUUCAAGCGAGUUUGGAAGGAGGACUCGCCAGCAUUACGAAAGGCCAACCUCUGGAAGUAACGCAUGGUUCGCAGAUCACUUUGAGACACACGUAUGGGAGAGCUUGUUGGUUGCACAGUCAUAAUCACGUGUAUCCAUUGCGGUAUUCUGAUGGUCGUGGUAGCUCUCAUCAGCAGCAGGUUACUUGUUAUUCGUUCAAAGACGUUAACAAUUGGUGGAUCGUCAAGAAACCAGACAAGAAUGAUCUAGUAGUGACGAAACCCAGCGAGCCAAUCCGUCACGGUGAUGUGAUUCAACUGGUACAUGGAAUCACGAGCAGAGCGUUGAAUUCGCAUGACGUUGCGGCGCCGAUGACACCGCAGAGCCAGGAAGUAUCGUGUUACAUCGACUAUAACGUGUCUAUGCCGGCACAGAAUCUAUGGCGAGUGGAAAUUACCAAUAAGGAUCAUUCCGGCGAUAUAUGGCAUGCGAUUCAGAGCCAGGUGCGGCUGAUACACGUGCACGCGAAUGGAGCUGAGUUCACGUUAAAGUUCAGCGGUAGGCAACUGCCCGAUUGGGGUUUCAAUCAGCACGAAGUUGUCGCGGACCGGUUGGUGGACCAGACCAAUUCCAUUUGGAAUGUAGAAGAGCAUCGGUAUACUAAAAGUGAGGAUCAGAAGCAACGAGAACGGGAACUGAUCAGUGCGGAAAUGAUACCAUUGCAAGCGACCACGUUAAGCUUCUGGGAAAAAUUCGCAGAGCUGCAAGUCAAGAUGUUGUUUGGUGGUCAAGAGGGUCAGAACAGCCACAUGUAUUCCAGCGGACCUCUCGAGUGGCCGUUCAUGUCUCGCGGAAUCGCAUACUGGGUAUCUAAUGACAGCAAUGCACAAGUGCAUCUUUUGGGGAACAUCGUGAUUUGGUACUCGGGUACGAUCUCAGUGAUCAUAUAUAUGACACUAUUGAUAUUUUAUUUAAUCAGGAGAAGAAGACAAUGUUUUGAUAUUCCAGAAAAAGAAUGGGAAAAGUUCGUUGACAAUGCUUAUGUACUAUUAGCUGGAUAUUUGAUUCAUUUCUUACCUUUCUUAUUUGUUGAACGAACUUUAUUUUUGCAUCAUUAUUUACCAGCUUUUAUUUUCAAAGUCUUAUUGACGGCAGCUACAAUUGACCAUCUGCACUAUUUAAUUAGCAUUCACCGUCCAGCGUGGAGCCUUUCACUAUAUGUCGUAACAUUUAGUAUCAUUGCUUGGAUAUUUUUCAUUAUCUAUGUGUUCAAGAAAUUCAUUGUAUUUAGUUAUGGGACGUCAGUUCUCACUGCCAAGGAUGUGAUAAAACUAAGGUGGAAAGAUACCUGGGAUUUCAUUGUACAUAAAACUUAAGAAUUUAUCAAGUUUAAGCAAAGAUAUUGUCAUACAAGAUAUUUUUAGUAUUUUAAUAUUUUUAAAUAGAACUUUUAUGUACGAAACACAAAAUUUACAAAAUAUUAUUAGCAUAUUUUUAUGCAAAAAUUUAGCAAAUGUUAUUGCUUAUAAUACUCAUAUGUACACGUGACGAAAUACUUUAUUAUAAUCGAGCAACAAGUGCCACAAAGUUGGGAUAUUGAUAUAACGAUAUGAAUUAUUUAAUAAUAUUGUAACAAGUUAUAAACACAAAUUUGUAGACUGAUUCCAUUUUAUAAAAUGUUUUGUCGUUA